AUCUCGGAUAAAAACGCUCGGCCCUCGCCGACGCCGCGUCCUCCGCUCAGUUGCGCGUCUCCAACUACUCCCAACUAUGGAUACAAGCGUGGAAAGUAACAGUCAGCCUUGUUGCGAAGGCGUCGUGAAAAAAGAAAAUCCUCAACUUUAAUAUCCCGAUAACCGCAGCAUCUUCUGGAGUCUGCUGUUUAUUUAUUUCUUUUUUUUCACUUUGCGUAAACGCUUGGAGUAUCGGCGGGUCGGGGCGUUAAAGAGAACGUGCCGUCGGUGCGUUGGCGGAUCUUCAGGCGGCCAUGGCCACCGCAAGGCUCGAUUACGUUGCUCCGUGGUGGACGUACUGGCUGCACAAUUUUCCCCACUUCAAUUUCUUCUUCCAGUCGGUCGACAGCACUUUCAGACCGGAGGAGGAGAGCUAUCAGCAGUCCCUGGUGGUCCUGGGGUGCGUCGGUGCGGCGGGUCUGGGCCUCAGCCUGCUGGUUCUGACCGCGUACCUCGCCUGCCUGUGCUGCUGCCGCAACAAGAAGGACGAGGACGCCAAGAGGCCCGACACCUGCUGCGUCACCUGGGCCGCAGUCGUCGCCGGCCUCGUCAUAUGUUCUGCUGUAGGAGUGGGUUUCUAUGGCAACAGCGAGACCAACGAUGGGGUGUACCAGUUGACCUACUCCCUCCACAACGCCAAUCACACGCUGGGCAGCAUCAACAAUCUGGUCACGGAAACCCUGAGCAACGUGGACACCGGACUCAGGCAACACCUGGAACGGCUGGAUGAGAUCUUUGCUACGAGGUCGGACUACCUCCAAGCGCUGCGCUUCAUGCGGCUGAUGGUCAACAAUGUAAUCCGUGAGCUGACUGUCCUGCCAGAUAUUAAAAAGGCCGAUGUUGACUUGGCAACCAUCGCCGACCAAACGGCUUUCAUUGAGUAUUACAGAUGGCUGGCAUAUCUGCUGCUGCUGAUCCUGGAUCUGGUGAUCUGCCUGGCCGUGUGCCUAGGGAUGGCCAAGCAUUCUCGAUGCCUGCUUAUCGUGAUCAUGGCUUUUGUUGGGCUGUCUCUGAUCCUGAGCUGGGCCUCGCUCGGAGCAGGCACUGCUGCAGCCGUGGGCACCAGUGACUUCUGUGUGUCUCCAGACAAGUUCAUUGUUAACAAGACAAAGGGUUUCCUCACCGCAGAUGUUGCACACUAUUAUUUGUUCUGCAGUCCGAAUCUGCCAAACCCCUUCCAACAGUCGCUAACAAUCGGCCAGCGCUCCCUGACCACCAUGCAGAUCCAGAUCCAGGGCCUGCUGCAGUUCUCAGUGCCCGUCUUUCCCACCGCCGAGCGAGACCUUGUGGGGAUCCAGCGACUGUUGAACUCCACGGAGUUCAGUCUGCACCAGCUAACAGCCUUGCUCGACUGCCGCGGGCUACACAAGGACUACCUCGAUGCCCUGAUAGGCGUGUGCUAUGAUGGGGUGGAAGGGCUCCUCUACCUCUCUUUGUUUUCCCUGCUGUCCGCCUGUGCACUCUCUGCUAUGCUGUGUGCUAUUUUCCAAGUGUGGACUCUAAUGGGCAGUAGGGAUAAAGAGUACGACGACAUAGACGAGGAGGACCCGUUCAACCCCCAGGCCAGGAGAAUGUCCUACAACCCCAGGCGAGCCAACAUCCACAGCUUCUGCAGCUACACCAGCAGCUUCGGCAGCCAGGCCAGCCUCCAGCCGCCCCCCCCGUCGGUCUCCAAUGCCGCGCCCCCCCCUGAAUACAUGAAUCAGUCCAUGCUGUUCGGAGGGAGCCCUCGAUAUGAGAACGUGCCCCUAAUAGGGAGAGGAUCCCCGCCUCCCUCGUAUUCUCCAAGUAUGAGGACCACCUAUCUGUCAUUGACUGAUGCCCAGGGUAGACACUUUGGGACUGACUUCCAGGUUUAGCCUGAAUCCUUUCAGAGAAGCACUGUCUGAGGUUCUGGGGUUUCACCAAAGAGACUCUUCAUGGAAUAAUCCUGUUUACAGGCCUGCAGCCCGCAGUCCCCGUCUGAGACAUGAAAGCGGGCAAUAUGAGGCAAUUACCUCGGUAACAAAUCAAUGCUGUGCUCUAAAAGUCCUGCAUGCAGUUUUGAACAGACGAAGCCUGUACGAGUUCAUCUCAAGACCGUUGUUGUUCUGUGUAGAAAUAUGGUUUGGGACUUGUAAGUAUUUGUUCGAGCCAAUCUAAGAGCCUUUGAACUAAACAUUGCUUUUUCUACUGUAUAUACUUGGUAAAAUAAGUAGAAAUGAUGAUCAGUAGUACACAGUGAUUCAAUGGUGAGAUGAUUAAUACUCAGAGUAUCCAUGAGGGCAUUUGGCUUUUGUAAAAUUUCUACAUCUUAGUAUUUAAUGAAUUCACAUUUUAGGUGUAAUUUUAAAGAAAGUGAUUAAAUCAAACCUUAUCCUUUAGCCAAAUAUGCCCCUCGCUUCAUAUUUUUGAUUUCUUUUUUCUGUUUCAGCACCAUAUUGCAAUGUGUGACCCAACUGUGAGGGAUGAGUCAGUAGUCAGACUGUACUGUAGCUGAGGGGUUUAUUGUUUUUCUAUAUUUGGAGACUGAACUGCAGCUGCAUGCAGAAACAUUCACUUAGACUAAAUAGGCACAACAGGCUGGGAUAUAAUUCACCAUCCAAGCUUUUAACAAAAUCACAGCUAGGCGGAAAAUUAAAACACAACUAUUGGUAUGAUUCCUGUGUUGUGAUGAAGCUCAUUAGCGUCUGAAAGCCAGUGCCACCAGUUACAGUCAGCUGGAAGCACACGAAUGACAAAUGCGGACAUUUAAACGUCUGCUGUUAGAGCCAACCGCCCUCAGUACCGUUGUGAAUGAGGAACUCUUCUGCAUUGUGUGCCGAACCUGCUUUUUUCUAUCUUGGAUAAUGUAUCAAACUGCUGUGUUUCACUAUAAAAUGCUGUGUUCAUA